CCCUACUAGUAGAAGUAGAAGACACUAGUCUCCACCACCCCCACCACCACUCGCUAGCAGCAGCAGCUCUUCCAUCCAUGGCUGUCCCUGCUCCAUCCCGCACACCUGCCGCACUUGCCUCUGCGAGCAUGUACUGACUGCCUCCCACUCCCUUGGCGCCAUCUCUCUUGUCUUGCUGCUCGCUCGCGCGUCUGUGCGCGUGUGCGCUCUGCUCUGCUGCCUCCACUCCCCCCAUCCCUAUCGGGGAUAGGCCGCAGCUGCAUGCCCCUCUGCACGUUCGCGCUCUGCUCGCGCUUCCGUUUGUUCGCCUCCGGUGCGAUGGUGGUCGCCGCGCAAUGAUUCUUGCUUGGUUGCUAGCUUCCCUCGUCGCGGAGUGAGCGAGUGAGGGGGCCGGCCGGAGGGAGCGGACAAACCGGCGAGCAGCUACCUGACCCUGAGAUAGAGAGAGAGAGAGAGAGAGAGAGAGAGAGAGAGAGAGAGAGAGAGAGAGAAAGGUCUGUGCUCUGUGGUGGCCAAGAAGCGUCAUGGAUUGGGAUCUCAAGAUGCCGGGCUCUUGGGACCUGGCCGAGCUGGAGCACGACGGGGUGCCGGCCAUGGUCGCUCCCGCCGCGGCGGGCAUCACCGCCGCGGCCGCGCGCGGGCCGCCGGGCCGCCCCGAGUGCUCGGUCGACCUCAAGCUGGGCGGGCUGGGGGAGUUCGGCCCCGCGGCGGACGGCGCGAUGAAGCAGCAGCCGCCCGUGGCGACGGCGGCGGCGAAUGGCCCGGCGGCGUCCUUGUCGGCGUCGGCGUCGAACGCCGCGGCGGCGGUGCCGUCGGCGAGCCCGCUGAAGCGGCCGCGCCCGGGGGCCGGCGGCGGCGCGGGGGCGGGGCACUGCCCGUCGUGCGCCGUGGACGGCUGCAAGGCCGACCUGAGCAAGUGCCGCGACUACCACCGGCGGCACAAGGUGUGCGAGGCGCACUCCAAGACGCCCCUCGUCGUCGUCGCCGGCCGCGAGAUGCGCUUCUGCCAGCAGUGCAGCAGAUUCCACUUGCUUGCGGAGUUUGAUGAGGCCAAGCGUAGCUGUAGAAAGCGCCUUGAUGGGCACAACAGGCGCCGCAGGAAGCCACAGGUUGACAGCAUGAAUUCUGGGAGCUUUAUGACAACCCAACAAGGUCUGUAUUCAAAUGCAGGGACAAGGUUCGCGUCCUUCUCCGCUCCAAGGCCGGAGCCAAGCUGGUCCGGGAUCAUCAAAUCCGAGGACAGCAAUCCAUACUACACCAGCACUCACCAGAUCAAUUUCGCCGGCUCUUCGUCGUCCUACUCCAAGGAAGGCCGGCGCUUCCCCUUCCUGCACGAAGGAGACCAGAUGAGCUUCAGCACGGGCGCGACGGCCCUCGAGAUCCCCCCCGUGUGCCAGCCUCUCCUCAAGGCCGUCGCGCCGCCGCCGCCGCCGCCCGAGAGCAGCAGCAGCAACAAGAUGUUCUCCGAUGGACAGUUGACGCACGUGCUCGACUCCGACUGUGCUCUCUCUCUUCUGUCAUCCCCGGCCAACUCCUCCAGCGUCGACGUCAGCCGGAUGGUCCGUCCAAGCGAGCACAUCCCCUCCGUCCCCAACCUGCAGCAGUUCGGCAGCUCCUCCUGGUUCGCCUGCUCCCAGGCCUCCAGCGCCGCCACCGGCUUCGCCGCCUUCGCCGGCGGCAUGGACGGCGAGCAGCUCAACGCCGGCGGCGCGCUGGUCCCGAGCUCCAACGACAACGAGAUGAACUGCCACGGGAUCUUCCACGUCGGCGCCGAUGGCUCCUCCGAGGGCACGUCGCCGUCCCUCCCUUUCUCGUGGCAGUAGAAGUCUUGAGUGAGCGUCAGAGGCUGUUCUUGGGUUCUUUUGGUGAUCAUCUGUAGCUAGCUGUGCCCGUUUUAGUGAUCAGGCCUACGUCCCGUUCUUUCUGUGUUUAUUCUCUCUUUUUCAUGUUUCUAUGUCUUGGACUUGAUCUCUGAUCUCUCGCCGUCAGAAUGAAUAACUUUGCAUGAUUCAGAAGAAAAUCAUAUACUUAUGGAUUUCA